GGGCGGGAAUUGAAACCGCCUCUGCUGCCCGCAAGCGCUUGAUAGCUGCAAGUAUCCAGCCUGGAAGGGAGCCAUGGUGCGGCCUGUGAGGAAUAAGAAGCCAGUCAAUUACUCACAGUUUGAGAACUCCGAAAGCGAUGUAGAUGAUGAUGAUUUUGUUUCUGCAACUGGACCUUUAAAUAAGAAAUCCAGAACACCAAACGAAUUAAAACUAGAAAAACCAAAACCCAAAUUGAAGAAUCUCCAGAAAGAAGACAUCCCAUUACAAGAGAAAACUCCUAAAAAAAGGAUGGCUUUAGAUGACAAACUCUACCAGAGAGACUUACAAGUUGCACUGGCAUUAUCAGCGAAGGAACUUCCAAUAGUCACCAUUGAUGUGGAGGGGUCUCAAGGUGAAAGCAGUGAAAAACAUGACAAUAGUGAAAGAGAAACAAUGGAUAAGUCUCCCCAUAUCUCCAAUUGCAGUGUAGCCAGUGAUUAUUUAGAUUUGGAUAAGAUUACUGAGGAAGAUGAUGUUCAUGUCGCUCAAGGGAGAAGAAAAGCAGCAUCUAAAGCUGUGGUUCAGCAGAGGAAGAUCCUUUUGGAAGGCAGUGAUGGCGACAGUGCGAAUGACUCCGAACCAGACUUUGCAACUGGUGAAGAUUCUGAAGAUGAUUCUGAUUUUAGUGAGAGUGAAGAUAAUGAUAAAGACUUCACUAUGAGAAAAAGUAAAGAAAUUAAAAAGAAAGAAGUGAAGGUUAAAUCUCCAGUUGUAAAGAAAGAGAAGAAAGCUAAAUCCAAAUGUAAUUCAUUAGUAGACUCUGCUCCAGCUGCUGUCAAAUCAGAAUCUCAGCCCUCAUCAAAAAAGGUUUCUCUUUCUUCAGAGGCAACUAGGAAACCAUUACAAAUACGCAGUCCUUCAAGUGAAAGCAAGAGACCUAAGUGGGUCCCACCAGCGGUAUCCGGAAGGAGCAGCACCAGCAGCAGCCCGCUGGCAGGGGAGUUUGUUAAGUCUCCAAAUCAGAGUCUCCGCCUUGGCUUGUCUAGAUUAGCACGUGUUAAACCUUUGCAUCCAAACACUGCUAGUAGCUGAGUGUGGUAGUAAAGAAAUGUUUAAGAGAAUCACAGUUUGACAAGUGUGUUUAUAUUGUAAUAUAAAGGAAUCCUUUAACGUCAUAUAAAUUAUCUCUACCCAUUUUGUGAUUAUGUUCUCUGAAAAGCUACUCAAGACUUCAAUAAGAUUUGUUUAUAAGAAUUAUCUUGUAAUAUCAUUUUCUUCUGAAGAGAAUAUUCUACAUCCUUAUAUAUAAAAUAAGUCACUGUCAUUAGUGUUUGUCUAUUUGACAUGAAGGAAGUCCACAUUAUAUGCUAUUUUUUUUUCUAGUAACAUGAGGGUUCUUUCUAGCUUUGACUAGUUUAUGGCACUUUUGUUCAGAGUUUAUCUGGCAAAAUAAAACAUUCCAAUUUUUCCCAGGAGAUAUUUCUGGAAUAUGUUACUUAAGCUACAUUGUCAGUUUUAUUGCCAAGAUGCUUAUUAUUUUAGUCAAAUAUUUUUAUAGGAAGAAUUCCGAAUGAAUUUCCACAUUAAAACAGUUGCUAUAAUAUGACAUGUUUUCUACUUAGGAAUAGAUGGUUAUUAUAUAGCAGAUAGAAUUUCAUGACAUUUUGUGAAGUCCUCAUU